AUGAUCAACUGGUUAAAAAUUAAAGAAAUUAAGGUUUUAAAAGAGAAGCCUUUUAGUAUCUUUAUCAAAACAACCCACGACGCCACUGAUAACUAUAAAGAAAUUGAUAUUAAAAAAGGAAAAGAUAACCCACAAACAAUGCUAUUCUCUCGGCAUUUGCAACCUCUUUGGCCCAACGGAAAGCCUGUAGCAGAAGCUAAACUUAAGUAUAUCAAGAGCUAUUUAAACCUCAUUCCUCCGGCAGAUCAUCCUUUUUAUGUUAACCUUAUUGGUGACGAUACAAUCGAGGAAGAUACAGAAGGGUAUAAUGCAGAGCUGGAUUUCCAAAUACAAGAUGACUGA